AUGAUAAAUAUUAUCAAGUUUACAUUUGAAUGACGCAUGAGUCACGUGAUUUUUCUUUACACAAUUUCUCGUUUAUUGACUAGUGGAAUUUUAGUUGCCAAUGAUCCGUAGUGAAGGAAGUUAAUUAAAAACAAUUUUUUUCUAUUAUGAAUAAUUCACCGAAUGUCCCUCAGAAGUCUCCAAUCACUUGUCAUGUACUUGACACAAGUAAAGGAAAACCAGCUGCAAAUCUACCAGUGACUUUGUAUAAAUUUGUCAACGAUAAAUGGUCUUUAAUUGAAACAAGAAUGACAAAUCAAGACGGCCGUUGUAAUAAUCUUGUUGAAUUGGAAAAUUUCACCGUUGGAAGAUACAAAGUUCACUUUUUAGUUUCGCAAUAUUUCGAAUCGACAAACACAAAAUCAAUGUAUCCUUUUGUUGAAAUUGUAUUCGAUUUCGAUGAUCCUUUGGACCACUAUCACAUCCCUCUUCUUCUCAGUCCAUUCGGCUAUUCAACAUAUCGGGGAUCUUAAAUUUUUUUUUUUUGCCCUAGUGAAUUUUUUUUUCUCUAAUUGAAAUUAAUAAUUAAUUUGUAUUUUGGUAAUUUGUCCCUAUAAAAUUUUCAAAUUUACGAAAAACAAAAUUUUUUGGUGAAAAAAAUGAUUAAAUUUUCAAAAGUGAA